AUGGCUCUAAAAUCGAUUCUCACGAUGCUCAUCGCUGCCACGGCAAGCAACGCCUUUUCGGUUGAUCACCUGCUAACUGGUCGAUCUCUUACCGAGGACAUUGCGGCUCCCUCAUCUAUAGUCUUCUAUAACAACUGCACCCACAACAUCGAGAUGUGGAAGCAGGGAGGCUCUACCAAGGCAUUUAACAUUGCUCCCCAAUCGGAAUACUUUUUCCGCUUAGAGCACGGAGAUCUUGAUACCCCCUCAACCACGUACCAGUUCGCCCCUCGCGGUGCUUCAGAGGAGGCUGGCAGACUUCACGUCACCUACAUGUACAUUAGAAAUGGAACCAUUGCAUACGGAGCUGCCAAACUCCACUCGGUCCUUGGUGACCCAUUCAAUAACACCGGACUAUCCCUCGGCAUGACGUCGAGCUGUGGCAGCGGGCCUGGAGGCGCGGCUGCUGCAGGGGCUGGCCUCUGGGUGGCUGCUGGAACAGGCUGCCAAGAAAUAGGUGCUGCCUCGUUUGCUCUCGGAGCUGGCUUUUGCGUACACAAUGGUAACAAAUUUGACGGCGACAACAAUAGAGCUGCGGCUGCUGCGGCUGCCGCAGCAAACACAGGAGGCAGUGCGGUUGCGUUUGCUGGUGGUGCCGCACCAGGUGCGGGGAAUAUCAUGGAGGAUAAGUCUGGUUUACCCUUUGAGCAAGAUCUGCGUAGUCUGCUCUAA